CUCGAUUUCAUCUCAGUAGCUAGGGUUUGUUUUCAAGAAAUUUGAAAUUGAGAAAGCUCAAAUUGGAUCGAAUUUCGUUGGAAUUAGUCUCCAAUUUCGGCGUUAUUCUCAGUGGGAAGAAGAAUUGAAGACGAAGAUGAAGGCGAUGGAGACUAUACAGGAUCUGAUCGAAGAAGCUAAAGUAAGGGCCGUAUGGUGGGCCUUGUGCAUCUUCUCCGUCACCUAUUUCUUGUCUCAUACAAGUAAGAAUAUGCUGAUGAAUUUGCCAAUCGCAAUCGUUGGUCUUGUCGGUGUGCGGAUUUUUCUUAAUCAGGUUGAGUUCACAUGGAAAGUUGGGCCGAUUCCUAGAAAAAGUCAGUUGUCUUAUCUUGAGAAGAAGCAGUUGUCUGUGAAUGAUGCUCGUCUUUCUGGUAUCCCACCUCCUCCAAGGUGGAAGAAGAAAAUCGACUCUCCUGUAGUGGAAGCUGCGAUUAAUGAUUUUAUUGACAAGAUCCUUAAUGAUUUCGUGGUGAAUUUGUGGUAUUCUUUGAUUACUCCUGAUAAAGAAGCGCCUGAACUGAUACGUGCAGUAAUCAUGGAUGCUCUUGGUGAAAUUUCAGUAAGGGUAAAAGAGAUCAAUAUUGUUGACUUGCUAACGAGGGAUAUAGUUGAUCUGAUAGGUGAUCAUUUGGAAAGUUUUAGAAGAAACCAAGCUGCUAUAGGUAUAGAUGUUAUGAAGACAUUGUCAUCUGAGGAGAGAGAUGAAAGAUUGAAAUACCAUCUUAUGGCUUCUGGGGAACUCUAUCCUGCACUCGUGUCACCUGAGAGUGAGUACAAGGUUCUUCAGAAAAUAGUUGCUGGCAUAUUAUCUGUGGUUCUCAGACCACGAGAAGCUCAGUGCCCUCUUGUUCGAACAAUAGCUAGAGAGAUUGUUACUUCCUUGGUAAUUCAACCUCUUUUGAAUUUAGCAUGCCCCGAGCGUAUCAAUGAGGUGAUUGAGAUCGUUAUCAAUCUUAUUAAAGAGGGAAACUUUGAGCAGUUUACUGGGGAAGAGCAGAAUGUCAAUUCUGCCCCAUUGUCAGCCUUCGAUAGUCAAGCAAAAAGUAUGAAUUUGACAAAAGCUAUUGAACAGAAAUCACCAAACAUAAAUGACAGACACCCAGAUCUACACGUUCAACAGCACUCUGCUGAUUGGGCUCGGUUGCUAGAGGUUGCGACUCAAAGGAGAACAGAGGUUCUUACUCCUGAAAACCUUGAAAACAUGUGGACGAAAGGAAGGAAUUAUCAAAAGAAGGAGUACAAAAAAUCUCUGAAAAAGGGUUCUUCAACUGGAGCAAAGGAAAAUGCAGUGGCGCAGUUACCCCCUAAAGUGAGCAUUGAUAAGCAGUCACAAGCACAGAUGACUGAGGAAUUUAGUACAUCAUCUUUACAUGAUGGAGGGCACCAGAUUUAUGAGGCUGAUGUUAGAAAGGAAUCUCGUUCAGAUGGGAAUAAAAAUAGGCUUAAAAGAUCCAAUAGUACAUCAGAUCUUAAUCUACGUCCUGAAACGAGUCUAGCACUAUUAGGAGUCAGUGAGGGGCCUCUAAUCACAGAAUUCUAUACCACAGAUUUUAUCAAGCACAAUGAUAACUACAUUAGUGAUAAUAAAUCCCAAAGCAUUGUUCUUCACAAAGAGGGUCAACACUGCCUAAAGCUCAAAUGUCGAGUUCUUGGAGCUUAUUUUGAGAAGCAAGGAUCAAAAUCAUUUGCAGUAUAUUCUAUUGCGGUGACAGAUGUGGAAAAUAAAACUUGGUUUGUUAAGAGAAGAUACAGUAAUUUCGAGCGAUUACAUCGUCAACUCAAAGAAAUCCCGAACUACAAUUUACAGUUGCCUCCCAAGCGUAUUUUCUCAUCAAGCACCGAAGAUGCUUUUGUUCAUCGCCGCUGUAUUCAGUUGGACAAGUAUCUACAAGAUCUCUUGUGUAUAGCUAAUGUUGCUGAACAGCAUGAAGUUUGGGAUUUUCUAAGCGCAGCCUCUAAGAAUUAUUCUUUUGGAAAGUCUUCGUCAGUGAUGAAAACUCUUGCAGUUAAUGUUGAUGAUGCCAUGGACGAUAUUGUACGUAGUUUCAAAGGUGUCUCAGGUGGCCUUAUGCGGAAGGUUGUAGGAUCCCCACUAGAAGAGCAUGAUCAUGCUCCUGCCCGCCACCUCUCCUGGAGUGUAAAUGAAAUAAGCACUCAGCUCUCUAGGGAAAGCGCAACUGAGUCUAUGCACAGCAGCAUUUCUGAUACUGAAGACAUCGACAAACUUGGAGAGAACACCCAAGGGGAAGGUAGAUUUGAUUCAGAAGCCAAUGGGUGGCACUCAGAUAAUGAAUUGGACUCUAAGUAUUUUCCACCGAGAGUGGUUAGACGUCUUGGAGAGCCUGAGAGUUCACCCUCGGAGAAGGAAAAUGAUUUUAAGGCAAAGUCUCAAGUUAGGGGGUUCACUGAUUUGCAGCAUGCUGAUCCAUUGACAGCUUUAGUCCACAAUCCCCAUGGCAUGCCACCCGAGUGGAUGCCGCCCAAUGUCAGUGUGCCAAUUUUGAACUUAGUUGAUAAAGUGUUUCAGUUAAAUAGAAGAGGUUGGUUAAGGAGGCAAGUUUUCUGGAUAUCAAAGCAAAUAUUACAGUUAGUUAUGGAAGAUGCUGUGGAUGACUUGCUCCUGAGGGAGAUAUGUUGGCUGCGGAAUGAAGACACAGUCGCUCAAGGAAUUCGUUGGGCUCAAGAUAUUCUAUGGCCAAAUGGUGUAUUCUUUACCAGAGUGAAUGACAGUCAAGAGGAAUUGGAUGAGACCGACCCUAGUGAAAAAACUUUUCAAAUAGCAGGCCAACUUGGUGGCAUGAAGGUGGCUAAACCCAGUUCCUUUGAGCAGCAACUUGAGGCUGCACGUAGAGCUAGUGAAAUAAAAAAAUUCCUUUUCGAUGGCGCCCCAACAGCCUUAGUGAGCUUGGUAGGGCACAAGCAGUACAGGAGAUGUGCGAGAGACAUUUUCUAUUUCACUCAGUCAAACGUAUGCAUAAAGCAACUCACAUUUGCAAUACUAGAGCUGCUACUCCGAUCGGUAUUCCCCGAGCUGCAAGAUCUUCUAAGAGACAUAAGGGAGAAUCCGCACGGUCGGUCAGAGUAAUAACACAUGUUUAUAUGGAGGAGGUAGCCUAUGAUUGACUUGAACCAGUUUUAUCUUUCUCUAUGUUAAUUUUUGAUCUUUUUGUUUCUUGGGGAUUUUUUUGGGGGUCCUUCUUAAUAUUCUUCAUGUGUAUAAAAAACAAGUGCUGGUAUCAAUCUGUGAGGGUUUUGAAUACAACAAUGACAAAAGG